AUGUUGAACGAUAUAAUAUUGCAAGUUAUUGUUGCAGCUUUUGGAGUUGCAAUAGUAAAUAGUGAUAAAAUAAAAUUCCUUCAAAAAUUCAAAUACGCUACUUAUAUAUUAAUUUUGUCUUUUCUAUUAUACAAGGGUAUACCAUGGAAAAGAGAAAAUUACUAUACUUAUUUAAAUAUCACACCUAAUGCUACGAAACAAGAAAUACAGACAGCUUAUAGACAAGCAGCUAAAAUUUAUCAUCCUGAUAAAAACCCUGACGAGUCUGCUAAUUCAUCAUUUAUAAAAUUAAAGCAAGCUUAUGAUGUUUUAACUGAUGAUGUAAGAAGAAGUAAUUAUAAUAGAUUUGGGGAUUACAAAAAUGGAGAAAUAGAUGACAACACAGCGACGUUAUUAAUUUGUCUUUCUUUAGUUCAACACACAAUGUUUUUUAUUAUAGGAUAUUUUCUAUCAUAUCCAAAAAAAUUAGAAUUUUCAAGACAAAUUUUUUUAGUGUAUAAUAUAGCUAGCUUUUGUUUCGAGUUGCAGUUUCGUUUUAUAGAAGAUGAUACAACUUUUGAUUGGCUUCCAGCUUUGGGAUAUUUAUUACCCUAUGAAAAAAUAAAGUUCCUGAGGACUUUUUUUCCAAUUGUAUUUUUUAUCAGUAUAUGCGCAUCAGCUUAUUCAUAUACAGAUAAAAACGCUACCUUAAUAUUUUUAAUGAGAUCCAUUUUAUCUACUAAUAGAAUAAUUGUAGAAAGAUCAAAUGAUGUUAUUGAAUCAACAAAUUACUUAAAAAAGAAUGGUGAAAAGUUAGUUACCAAAUUACAGCAAAUAAGGAAGGGUGAGGCCUCUAGUCUAUUAAAUUUAAAAGAUGAUGAGAACCUUGAUAAAGAAUAUUUAGAAAAUGGAGAUAAGAAAAAUGCAACUGUCGAUUCAAAAUUGUUAAGUAACGUAAAAGAAUUUGCAUUAACCCUAGAUUCACAACAAAUAAGUUUACUAGAAAAAUGUUUUGAUUUAAUGAAAAAUAAAGAUGCAAAUGAAAAAAAUAAAAAGAAAUCUUGGUUUGAGUUUUUCUCUAUACAAGUUAUAUUCGGAGUUAUAUUUGUUUAUAUAUGGUUAACAUCUAAAUAA